UAAGGUGCAAUUUCAUGCUGACGCUUGACGCUGAUUUUUAGCGUCAAACUUGACAAAAAACGCCAUCUACAGGAGAGCGUCAAUUCAAGAGCGUCAAAAAGUCGCGUCAAGCGUCAGCAAUAUCUAGCGUCAACAAACAUACAUAAACUAAGCGUCAAAAAUUCACAACUAUCGAUUGAUCGAUUGUAUGUUGUUAUGUUUUAUUAUUAUUAACCUCAAUUACACAAACAACAAUUAGUUAUAAAAUAAAAUAAUAAAUAUAUUAGUGAGAAAAAGAUAGUGAUUAAAAACAGAAAGAUGUUCACAAAUUAUCAACAUCAAAUCUGGGUCUACGAGUGUCAAAAAUUGAUUCAAGAAAGAAAAAUUGCUAAAAUGAAGAAAAAAAGAAUUUUAGCUGCUCUGUUUUUAAACGAAGUAGGAGUAUUCAAAAGAAAUUAUACGAAGAAACGUUAUUGGAUUCAUCCUUUAUUUAAAUUACGGGACGUUCACGGAUUCAUUGAGGCUAUAUUUCCAACUCUUUUAUCAUUUCCGGAAAAAUUCGAAAAUUAUUUUCGAAUGAAUGUUGAACAAUUCGAAGAAUUAUUAGGUUUGGUUGUUCCUUUGAUUAGUAAACAAAAUACUGUAAGAAACUCUAUUUCAGCAAUAGCAAGACUUGCAAUGACCCUAAGAUACUUGGCAACAGGUGAUUGUAUGACUUCAGUAUCCUAUCAUUAUCUUGUAGGUUUCACAACAACAAUUAAUAUUAUAAAUGAAACAUGUGAAAUGCUAUGGAAGUGCCUAAAUGAGAAAGUAUUGCAAUAUCCGCUUACAGCUAGAGAUUGGUUGGAAAUCUCUCAUGAUUUUAAUGAAAAAUGGCAAUUUCCACACUGCAUGGGAGCUAUGGACGGAAAGCAUAUUCGAACACAGUGUCCUGAUAAUGCUGGCUCAGCGUAUUAUAAUUAUAAAAAUCAUCAUAGUGUUGUUCUAAUGGCUAUUUGUAAUGCCGAUUAUUCAUUUGUUUGUGUGGAUAUUGGUGCUUAUGGUCGACAAAGUGACGGUGGUAUUUUCAAAAAUUCCGCGUUUGGUCAAAAAUUUGAACAUCAGCAAAUGAAUGUGCCGCAACCAGAUCUACUUACUGUUAAUGGAGCACCCUUACCAUACGUACUGGUAGGUGACGAAGCAUUCCAACUAAGUACUUAUUUACUUCGACCGUACCCGGGAAGAGGUGGUCUUACUGAGGAACGAAAUAUAUUUAAUUAUCGUUUGAGUCGCGCACGGAGAACGAUUGAAAAUACAUUUGGCAUUAUUGUGAGCAAAUGGAGAAUUUUGAAAAAACCAAUUGAAGCUACAGUUGAAAACACAAUUACCACAGUCCAGGCAAUUGUCGUGCUUCACAAUUGGCUUCGCAAGCAUGAGAAAAAUGAUACAUAUAUUUCGGAUGAUGAUGAUAUUAAUGAAUUGAGAAACGAAAUAAACGACUCGGCUUUAGAGGAUGCUAGAGUUUAUGGCAAUCAUCACAGUAGCAAAGUGGCCGUGUCAAUUCGCGAUAAGUUUUGCGAUUAUUUCAAUACCGAAGGAGCAGUUCCUUGGCAGUAUGGUCGUACCCAAUGAUGAAAUUAUUUAAAUUCUACGAACUAUCUUCAUUACAUAUUGUUACUUCUCAAAAAUUCGAUAUCUACGUACCUUCAGUGUCGAAUUGUGUUAGUCCUCACGCCCCAAAUCUUACGUUACUCUAGCAGAUUAUAAACAGUACUUAUUAUGCUCUUCGAUCCUCAUCGCAUCAUCGCUCGUGGCUACAGUUUUUAAAGCUAUUUAAAUAAUUAACUCU